UAGGCAUUUUUUAAUCAAAUAUACAAUAUUUUUACUGUAAUUUUUAAUAGAAAUACAUUAUUUUAGUUUUCAUAUAGACAUAAAAUUAAUAGCGGCAGGCACUAAUCUCGACGUGAUUGUAGAUAUUGUUAUUGGAAUGUCGUUCUCUGUAGUAUUAACCCGACCGUGUUUACAGAUAAUAACAUAACCUUAAAUUUUCACGAUUUUGACGUGUCACAUUUACUUUACGUUUUGAAACUAAUAUCGUAAAAAAAACAUGGAGCAGGCCGAAAAUUUAAAUGAUUUCGCUCAUACUUGCUGGAAAGAUGUUUUUUUGGAAAUUCGUGAUGCUGCAGUCUACAUAGAUCAUGCAGCAGCUGAAUGUCUUCAUUGGUACACAGGCGAUAAAGCACAUUUGUCUUUAAAAAACGCAGGGGCGAUUUCCGUUCACGAAUUAUCUUUAUUUAAUUUGCAGUAUGUAAAAGCAAAAGGAACCAAAAAAGCAGUCGUUAUUUCCACUUCUACGGAGUCGUCAUUCUACAAACAGACCUUGAGAGUUAUUUUGGAAAAAAACAGUUUUUCUAACUGUACCAUAAUAUGUGCUGUGCACUCCAGUGUAAUAAGUUACAAAACAUUAUUCCCCCUUGGAGAUGAAAUUAACCAAGAUGAAUCGAAGCAGCAGGCCUUUAGUUGGGUUGAUGACAAAUGCGAAACGCAGAUUGAAGGCACAACCCUGAGGAUAAUUUUCAGACCAAUUUUUACUGCUACUCUGAAUGAAAAUAUAUUUGUCACUCCGCCUUUCGGCAAUCUUAUGCCUCCAAUUGAUGAAACAUCUAUUUUGGACAAUGAAGUCAAUAUAAACUUUUUGGUUAGCUCAAUGCACAGUCUCUUCACUAAUUUAAAGUUUAAGGAGGAUAUUUACUCAGUGGGUAGACUCAGUGAUAUCGUAUCCAAUAAAUUGGCAAAUCUGCCAGCCGCGAUCAAUAGGCGAAGGCACAUGCCUGAAGAAAGAAGUGUGUCUCUAAUUUUCCUAGAUAGAUCCCUCGAUUUAUGUACAGCAUGCACUUAUAAUACUGAAUCUGUCUUGGGGAGGAUUCUCUGUACUCUGCCUCAUUUAAAUCAUCAUGGCAAUGACGUUGCUGUUAACAUGUCUCCACUUUGUCCUGAUGCAGAGGAAUGUUUAUCUUCCUUCAUGGUGCCGGGUUGUCUAGCAACAAGUGACACAAAUUUCUUCAAUUUGUUACUCAACACGAAACAAAAAGAUUUGCUCUUGGCAUUUAACAAGACGUUAAUUGAAAUGAGCACAAUACGCGAAAGCCCUGCGAAAGCAAAAUUUGCCACGAGAGUCUCCGCACACAGUUUGGAAAAAUUAAUUCACAAGAUCCGAGAUUCGGAAAGUAUCGAAUCUUUAGCGCGUUCAAGUAAAACGCUCCAAAUAAUUAUCGCUGCUAUUCAAGCCUUCAAAUCGAAUAAAACAGCUCAACUGGAAUUAUUAGUAAGUCUCGAAAAAUUGGUGCUUCAAAACUUGGCGGUUAGUCGAGAUGCUUCUAGCAUAGUUGCUCAGCUAAGCAAUGUUAUAAAAUCUCGAUCGACCAGAGGAUUGGACAUGGAAAAUUUACUUGUCCUCUUAAUUUACGUUUAUUCUCUCGCUGGAACUGAAAUUAGUUUUCCCAUUCAGCAAGAAGAGCAGUUAAAAAAAGCUUUGGCGGAAGCUAUUUUCGAAGAUAUUAAAAAGUGCAAUGAAAUGCCGGCCACCGAGGAAAUAUCUGUUUACCAUCAAACUUUAAUUCUUUUAGGUGUAUCAGAUGACAAAGAAACGAGAAAAGCUUCGCAGCAAUUGGCAAGUCAGAUUAUGGCGUUGCUUCAUGUGAUAUCAAGUCAACGACGAACUCUGCAAAAUUACAAGUCCAUAAUAAGUAAAACGAACUACUUGGAAAUGGCGAGAAGUAUUGGACUUGUCGAAAAACUAGUAACUGAUUUAAUUGACCCGAACAAGCCAGAAAUUUACGACUUGCAAUGCAAAACCUCUUCUUUGCUUUCGGCCGGUUUCAGUCUUUUAACGAAGGGCAGACCGAAACACCCUUCGGACAAUCCGUGGGUAAUUAUCUAUAUCCUUGGAGGAAUAACAGCAGAAGAAGCAAGAAUCGUGGAGGAGAAAAUUUCUUCAACAAGAUCAAAUUGUCCUAAAAUUACGCUGGCAGGUUCUAGAUUAUUGAAUCCACUAGAUGUGUUGGAUAAGGUUCUCUUAAGCAACAUAAACACAGAUUUAAAUUAAAAAGAUACCUUUAUUUUAAUUACUAUAUUUAUUUAACUUGUUUGGGAGAAAAUAUAAAUCUAGAUUCAGUACCUCACUAACGAAAGUUACAAGAACUAAGAGAAUGGCAUUGGUUAAAAAGAGACAGACAUCACUACUUACUUUUUUAACCAAUGACAUUUUUUUAGUUCUUGGAACGUAUUAUAGAUUCGCUAGUGAGGUAGCGCGUCUGUUUCGGUGUAAAUGAGGGAAUAUAAGGAAUUGAACCGCACUUAGCAAAGAUGUAUGAUAUUUAAAUAUUAAACACCUUUUUUCAUAUUUAACUAGAGUAAA